UACUCUCCCCCUGUCUCUCUGUCUCUCCCUCCCACUUCGUCUGUCGCAUUUCAGUGAAAGCCAGAGGAGACCCUCGGGGUCGAAGGUUCUGCCCUGCCCGCCACGACCUUAACCUGUCAAGGUAUCGAAAUCUAACCAAUUUCCUGCGGAAUAUCGUGCCACACCACGCCAGGAGCUCUCCACGAUACAUUUCGGACCGCGGAAGAAGAUGGGACAGACCUGGUCCUGAGUCGCUAUGCUUGUGGAGGAUGUUACUUUGUGAGUUACCACCAGUCGGACCUUUCUAAGUUGCUCAUGUCCCCAACACCCGAGCCAUGGCGCACAGGAUCUCAUCUCAGAGCAAGGCCAGCAUCACGGUGGACGAGUACAGCACCAACCCCACGCAAGCCUUCACCCACUACAACAUCAACCAGAGCCGCUUCCAGCCUCCUCAUGUGCACAUGGUGGAGCCUACGCCCUUUGACGCCCCGAAACCUGCAGGUCACACUCGCUUCGUCUGCGUGUCGGACACACACUCCAGGACAGAUGGCAUCCAGAUGCCAUACGGUGACGUCCUGCUGCACACGGGGGACUUCACGGAGCUGGGCCUGCCGUCUGAGGUCAAGAAGUUUAACGACUGGCUAGGCAGUCAGCCGUACGAGACCAAGGUUGUCAUCGCCGGGAACCACGAGCUGACCUUUGACAAGGACUUCAUGGCGGAGCUGGUCAAACAGGAUUACUACCGCUUCCCCUCCAUCUCCAAGCUGAGGAUCGAGGACUUUGACAAUGUGCAGUCCAUGCUCACAAACUGUAUUUAUCUCCAAGACUCAGAGACGACCGUCAAGGGCUUCAGGAUAUACGGAGCACCCUGGACUCCGUGGUAUAACAACUGGGGCUUUAACCUGUCGCGUGGCCAGGCUCUGCUGGACAAGUGGGACCAGAUCCCUGAGGGCAUAGACAUACUCAUGACUCAUGGACCUCCUCUUGGUUUUCGUGACUGGGUGCCUCGGGAGCUUCAGCGGGUGGGCUGUGUGGAGCUGCUGAACACGGUGCAGAAGAGAGUUCGGCCCAAGCUGCACGCCUUCGGACACAUACACGAAGGAUAUGGCAUCAUGACGGAUGGCUACACCACCUUCAUCAACUCCUCCACCUGCACAGCAAGCUACCAGCCCACUAACCCUCCAAUCAUCUUUGACCUGCCCAACCCAGGAAGCUCAUGAGUGGGCUCCUCUACCACCAACACUACCACCCCCCUACCACCUCCUCCAGACUUUACCCUGUUGAUGGUUUACUCCUUAUCCAAGGAAAACAAAAACAUGUGUCAUAUAGAAAUGGACUGCAUUAUGAAUGAAGAAGUCUGAGGAUCAGGCAUUUCUGUCCAACAGCGUCCAAUGGAACUUGUUUCAACUCCUGACGAAUGAUGACAUCGCAGGAGCAGCCAUAUUGAUAUAGCCUCUGUGUUGUAUGAACACAAAUCUUUUUGGAACAUUUGGAGCUGCCAGUAUUAUAUGCUCUUGUACCAGAACACAUAAGCUUCUGAGGUGAAAGACUCCUUGGAGGGGAAAAAAAGUGCAUUUAUAAGGGUACUCGUCGGACUCGUUAGCAAUACUGUACUUGACCUACUUUGCUAAUUUAAGAGUGGCUGUCUUCUUGGUGUAUAUUUGCUGAUUUAUUUAUGGCCUUUACGUUAUUACGUUAUAGACUUGAAAAGUCUCUGGAAUCCAGCCCUGUACAAAGUCGCUCAACUCAACUCGCCUGUGCACUUCAUUUUACACGAGAGCCCUCCCAUAGGAAAAUAUUACUUCUCACAACAGUCUUGUGUUUGUCUUAGAAAUAGAUCAUAUCUGGUUUUUGAUUAUAGAUUCUGGGUCUGGUAUAUGUUUUGACCUUUCUGCUUAAACCCACUUACAAAACAAAACGUAAAUUAACAUCUUAAAUCAAACGUACAAAGUGAAGUGUAACAAGAGUGGGACCGGAUUGAAUUAUUUUCCCCAACAUCUUCAGAAAAAAAUCACAGUCUACUUAAUAUCAGAUGUUUGUUUCUGAAAAACAAAACCAAGACCGUUUGUAAUAUUUUCCUCUGGGUUAACAUGUUAAAUGAGCUUUCUUCACAAUGAUCAUGCAGGUUUGUGUCCACAAGGACCACCCCCUCCUUCAGCAACACAAGAGAUUUGAAUGAAAUUGGAUGGAUGGUAAUAUGACAGAUUAGAAAUGUAUUCACUGUAAAAGUGAUGAUAUGUGUCAGUGUGUUUGUGUGUUUAUACAUUGGAUGUAAAGUAUCAGCUCAGAAGGUUGAUUUGAUUUUUAUUAUUAAUAUUAUUUAAGGAAAUCCCUGCCAUUUGAUAACAUAAACAUGUACAUUGCAACAAAAGACUGUUUUGUAACCAAACAAACUCUGUUGGUGAACUAAAUUGUUGUAUUUGAUGUAAAAAAAAAUCCAACAUGAUAAACGAUACAUGCGCUUAUAAUCUUAUUUUGCACUGUGUUCAAAUACAAUCCUACCAACACAGAAGAAGAAAAAAAAUGUAUAUAAAAAAACAUUGUUCUGUCAAUCGCUUCAGUUGCUGUACUGUAAACGUUCUGUACCCUUGUUUAUGAAACAUUUUUUUAUUCAUCCUGAUAUCUAGCUGACUUUAUAUGCAAAUAAAAUUGCUACA